AUGGAUUGGCGAGACUCGCACCUCAACAAUAAUAAAGAGCUGAAGGAGAGAAAUAGUAAGAUUCCAACUUUUCUCUAUGCAAUGCCAUUUUCAUCGAAAAGAAUAUUCCUUGAAGAAACAUCUCUUGUAGCUCGUCCUGGAGUACCUAUGGAUGAUAUUAAGGAAAGAAUGGUAGCUCGGUUGAGUCACUUAGGUAUAAAAGUUAAAAGCAUCGAAGAGGAUGAGCAUUGUGUAAUUCCAAUGGGGGGCCCUCUUCCAGUGUUACCUCAAAGAGUGGUUGGGAUUGGCGGUACAGCUGGGAUGGUGCACCCAUCGACUGGAUAUAUGGUGGCGAGGACUCUGGCUGCAGCUCCAAUUGUCGCCAAUGGAAUAGUUAAAUACCUAGGCACUGAGAGAAUCCUUUUGGGUUCGGAAUUGUCUUCAGAAGUUUGGAAAGAUUUGUGGCCAAUAGAAAGGAGACGCCAAAGAGAGUUCUUUUGUUUUGGUAUGGAUAUUCUUCUCAAGCUUGAUUUACAAGCCACCCGAAGGUUUUUUAAUGCUUUUUUCGACUUGGAACCUCGUUAUUGGCAUGGAUUCUUGUCAUCUCGGCUAUUUCUUCCGGAUCUCAUACUUUUUGGACUCUCUCUUUUUGCUCAUGCCAACAAUACUUCUAGGAUAGAGAUCAUGGCGAAAGGCACUGUUCCUUUGGUAAAGAUGAUCAACAAUUUAGUACAGGAUAAAGACUGA